AUGUUUAGUUUUGUGGUCCAGAGUGUCAGCACCGUGCGGUAUUGCACCUCAUGCGCACUGAAAAAGACCCAAAAUUGCGAGGUGCAAAACGACAACAUGCACCGUGCAACAUAAAAGUGCACUUAAGUGCAAAAUCAGUGCUCGCACCGUGCGUGCACGCUUCUUGUAGAGUGGCCGGGGGCCGAGAGGUUGACGGGCCGGCCCUCGCACAAGCAUGGCGCAGAACACGUUAUAUGAGAUCCGUUUUUUACGGAUGAUUGAGAAAAUUGAAGUUUUUUUGUGAAUUUUUUUCUCUGUUUUCAUUUCACUUUUGGUUGCUUAUGUUUUUACUUUCGUUAUAAUCAGAUAUAGAUAGAUCUAUAGAAAGUUUUAAUAAGAACAUAUAAUAUAAUUAUCUCGAAAAACUUCAUAAAAUGUCUCGCUUGAAAAAAAUAUAUAAUAAAGUCACCAGCGCCAAAAAUUUUUUUCAGAGCAAACUCAAAAUUUAAAAUUUCUUUUUCUUUAAAGACCGAAAAAAAGCUCUUGAAGAAAAAAAGAUACGGUUUCUAUUCAUGAAGGGGUUUUUUUCAUUUCGAAGAUUUCAAUGUGUAAGAUUUGCGAGAGUCUCACUUUUUAUAAAAUAUCAAAUUCGUUUAAGACCUGUCCGGUCCGAAAUACCCUGGAGUGUUCCACAAUAUGUUCGUUGGAGCGCAGUACAUCAGGAGCCGUUCGAAUUACGCGCUCCUCCGAGGUUGGUUCCUUUUAGUUUAUUUAAAUAUUUUUAAUUUCCAUUUCAAUUUAUUCAGUCUUCAGAGUAAGAUGAAGAAAAUCUCUGUUGAAUCGUGGUAUAAUGAUGCAAUAUUUUUAUUUAAAAAAUUUUUUUUUAGUUUAACACUCUUGAAACUUUUUUUAUUUUUUUCAUCUUUCGACAAUAUUAUAAUAGAAAUAAUUUUUUUCAUUAAGUUUUUUUCCUUCUCAGUUUCAAUACCCAACAUCAGAAACAUUUUUUUGAACAUUUCUCGCAAUGAAAUAAAAACCUUUCUUUAUUUGAAAUUUUUUUCAGACCUGUCUGUCCAGUAAGAGUUUCGAACGCUCCUCAGAAUUUCAUAUUUACCGCAGCUCAACAGACGGUGUUCCCUGUCGACUAUUCGAGGUUUCUUUUAUUUCGAAGUUCUUUUUUUCCUCAGUGUUAUGUUUUUUUGGUGAUUUUUUAAGUUUUAACAGAAGUUUUUUUUUGCAGAUGCUUUCCCCCUUUUGUCAAUAACUCCCUCGGAAUGAGCUUCCCUGUUCCUGAGCAAUCAAACUUGAUUGUCCAAAAAAAUGUGGCACAAUUAAAGUUCGAGAUUCCGAUUCACGCGAAUGAAUCAGAAGUGCGAUUUCAGGAUCUCAGCUCAAGCCCUGUAAGAUAUUUUUGCAUUCAAAAAUAUAAACGUUUCAGGAACUGUUCCCACAUUUUUCGAUAAGAGUUGUGAGUCGUCACGAGAUCAGAGAAGACGGGGAUCCAUAUGUCGUAAUAACCUAUGAGGUUUCCCUGAAGGAAUUCCAAUUCCAAGAAUUCACCUCCUCAUAACAUUGCAGCUGAGUUCCGUUCACAAGCUGGACAAGAGGUUUCUUCAGAACCUGUUGGUAUAUUACCAAAAAUCCUUCAUCGCAAUCCAGGUUGCUUUAUUUUUUUUUUCCAAUCUUCAAACUUGAUUCAAGAGGAUGAUUUGUCGAGCGGAUGCUCUUGGAACCUUGAUUCUGCACGACUCCGAACUCUUCAACCCGGAUUUCAUGUGGAGUUCUCCGUCUUUUUUCUCUUAUAACUUUUUUUGUAGUUUCAAGUAUGAAGUCAACUCUGAAUAUCUCAAAUUUGGAAACAUCCUAAAUGGUUGUUUCUACAAUCACUGGGAGGUUCGUUGAUUUUUCCGAGUAGUUUUUGAUAAAUAUUCACUUGAGGUUCCACUUGGACGUGAGACCGGUCACAGGCUUCAGUCCGGUAAACAGAUGAAAAAUACUUUUUUCGAGUUUGCCAACAGACACAUCUUGACUUUCCAUUUCGACAAUUAUCGCGUCUCGGUGAGUUUGGGAAGCGAAAAAUCUUUUCAACUACGAAAAUUUCGUUUUCUGAAGUUGUUUACAAUGAAAGGGUAUUGAAAAUGUUGAUUUAAUACCAAAAUCGAUAGAAAUCGAAGAAGGAUGAAUUUUGAAGCUUCAAUGUAUGUUUUUUGGAAGAACUUUUGCAAUACGCUAAGUUUUCUUUGAUCUGAAAUCAGACGAUCCGACGUUAUAAGUUUGUUUGAAAGCUUGUAUAAAUCGAAAACAUUUCAUUUAACAAGUUGUGACUGAGUUCCAUCCAAUGUGUAACUCACAAAAGAAGCUUUCUUUUCCAGGUUUUCCCAUCGACGAUCCGACGAAUCGUCUGCGAUUUGAUGCCUUCGGCGGAUUCCUCGGGAAUGGUUCGUCUGUACUUCUUCCUGCUGGCGCCUCCGACGAUCCGAUACUCCGAGACGGGUCUCAAGUCCUUCGAGAACUUCGCCCGGUGCACCUCCAUCAAGCUGAACGGCCGCGAAUCGCAUCCGCUCGCCAUUUCCGACAGUCCCGUACUCAGCGUCGCGUUCUACGUCGCAGAGGUUUUUUCUUGAUUGUGACGUUUGAAGUGUUUGAAAAUAGGCGAUUCCUGAGAAGGUGUUAGGAAGGUAACCAGCCGCAGGUUGGAAGGUUAAUGGAAGCUAGAAGUUAUUGAGAAGGUCUUCAGAAGGUAGUAGGCAGGUCUUUUGAAAGUAAAAAAAAAUUGAAAAUGCCUGCCAGAAUCCUUCCAGCAGGCUUUUGGAAGGUAAGUAGAGAUGUUGGAAGGUUUGUGGAAGACAUUUGACCACUCGCAAAAAACUUUCAAACGCCUUCCAAGGAACCGAAAGCAGAAGCUUCCUAAAUUCUGCCUGAGAAAGCAAAUUAAAAGUGAGAAGUCGGAAAAAAAAACCUAUGCUUGCUUUGUAACGCCGUUGGUGAUCUCUCGAUCAAAUUAUUUAUUAUUUUCGAUUGGAAACUAUAAAUAAAGGUAAUUUCACUUUGAGAAUUGGCCAGAGCACUCCUUGAUAUACCAUAUAGAGAGCCUGAAAGUUUUAACCCGCUCAAAUUCUUAAUUUUUUGAGAAAGGACACCUCGAAGCCAAAGAAAACUUUUUAACUCCGUUAAUUGGGAGCUUAUUUCUUGAAACUAAGUAUUUUUGUGUUUAUACUUUCAAAACGUUAAAUUGGUAUGUCAAGGGAUAUUCUGACAAUUUUUCAGAAAGUUCCCUAGCGGAAAGUAAAAUGACCGUCCUUGUAAGAAGUUUUGCGGAACACUUUUCACGGAAAAGUGUCGUUAUUAGGAUUUUUCCUUCUGAGAAAUGCCUACUUUUCCAAACGCAACUGAGGGAUUCAGAUAGGCGACCUGCACAGUGUCCUCUCGCGGUUCCGCUUCAAACUGAAUAUCGGCAUCGAAUUCACUCUCAUCAAGGUCAGUUCUUGACCGUUCCUGUUGAGAUUUUCAACACCAGGAGCUGCCCCCUCUGAUUUACUACAUCAACGAGAAUCCAUACCACAAAUGGACUCGAGGCCGAAAACCGACAGAUCCCGAGGAGAAGAUGUUUAGAUGGUUCUUGUGGGAGGUGCGUCGAAAAAGGCUGGAUUCUUAGGAAUUCCUCAAUUUUCUAGGCUUUCAAUGAAUUUUCGACGGAAAACAACGUCGACCCAAAUCCCGCAGAAACUUAUAAAAGGAGGAAGGCGAGACUCGUUCAGAAAAUCCUCGAAAGACGCUUUUCCUACAUUUACCUCAUCGAAUGUCUUCUGUCCAGGUUUGUGGCCCAAAACUCAGAAACAUGGAAUAUUAAUGCAAGAAUCAUGAGAAGCGAACUAAUUUUGACCGAUGGUAACUUUAAAAAAUAUCUGUUUUCGUGGUUAUUUUAGUCUUUACAUUUAAAAAGUAUAUUGGAUUCUAUCGAGUGAUAGUUAGAAACUUCAUUUUUUAAAUCUUCGCUCUACCUUUUGAAAAAAGUCUGGAUUUUUUAAAAAUCGUACUCAACGUAAAUUAUAGUCUGAAACGAGGAUAAUUGAAAUUUUCGUCAGAGGGUUUCUGAAAUUUUUUGGUGUGCAUACUUAUAUUAUUUCUAUACUUGAUUGGUACCCUUUUCUGAAGAAAAAAAAAACAAUAAAUGAGUUAUCCACCAGAAAAGGAGUGUUUAAAGAAAAACAUCUUUUGAAAAUUAUCUGUAAUCAAAAAAAGUGUUCAGAGGGGCUGUCGUGAAAGAUCAGUUAUUGCUUGAUGAAGGGAAAUGGCUCAACUUCCUGCAGACCAUCAUUUAUCACUACGAUGAUGACGAGAAACACGAGGUUUCCUUCAAAAUUCUUUCAUUUUACUGGGGCCCUCGAAAGUUUUGGUAGUUUGUGGAGAGUCUUCUUGAUAAAUCUGAUGAGGACCUUGAAAGCCGAAUUUUGCAGAGCUACUUUUUUUUUUGAAAGAAGGCCUUUCAUGGUAGGAAAAAAAAGCAAGUUUAGUGAGCCAUUUUGAAACGAUAAGACCCUAUUUGUUCAAAACUUGGAAAUUUGAAAAAAAAACAUCAAAGAGUAUAACUUUCAAAAAUUCCCAAUCGUGAAAUAAAAUUACUAACCUUGUCAGGAAACUCUGUAAAUUGACUGCAAUUUUAUGAAAUGCGUACGGACAUUUCAAACUUGCCAACUUUCUAAUUCUUGGAGUUUUUCACGCCUGGAAUCUGGUUUUUCGUGUCUUUUGCUGUUGAUCAGAGGAUCAGACGUCUUUUCUCAUAAACUAGACAUGUUAGGCCCCCAGGGCUCUCACCCAGAAUAUCGAGAAGGGUCUUAACAAAUUUUUAGAAUUUUGAAGUUCCCAGUAAAAUGACCUUUUUGGAGGCAUUUUGAACCAGUUCAGUUCAGUUUUGCGAGUCUGCGCUCCAAAAACUCAUCCAGAUGAUCGACCAAAACCAACGUAUCAAAGACAUCAGCCAGGUCUGAUUUGGGUGCAACUUCUGGGAAUCUUUGGUGUUCAGACGCUCCGCGAACUGUGUACCAAACACAAGAAUCUCCGUAUCGACAGCAAUUUCGACGCCAAAAUGUACGACAACGGCUACAGAAGAGUCCGAAAAGUCGGUGAAAUUUGUUAUUUAUUGAUGAACAAACUCGAAUUUGAAGGUCAUUUUGACUCCGACGAGAAUGAUUUUGAGCUUACCCGAAAUCAUCAUGGGCAACCGAGCACUUCGAGAGUUCGAUUUCGACGGAACCAUGAUCCUUCGCGUCAAUUUCCGGUUUGUAUUUUCCCAGUAUGUUGUAGAAGGAGUCAAAAUAGGAAUGUUGUUAAUGAAUGAUAGGUUUAUUCACUGUUUACGACAAAAGAUAAGUAGUUAAAAUAAUAAAAGACAGGAGUACAGAAUCCAGUACGGGAAGUAGUCCACCCUAACGAGUAGAAUCGGACUCGGGCAAAGUUGGAAUGGCGGAUAACGGCCGCUAAAAGGGAGAGACUCAAAAAAGGCCGCAGUAAGACAGUAAAAAGAAUCCCUUUAUCGAGCCUUCAAACAUUUUCAAGAGGCUCAAGAGAUGAUGCAAAAGGCAGAGACAGCAAAAAUAGUGUAUAAGAGCCAAUGAAAUGGCGCGAAAAGGCAGCUAAAAAUGAGCCUUUGUCGCACGAUAGAGAUCAACCUGAAGUAACGUUUACGUUAACUUUUUUUGAGUGUUAAAAACAGCUCUCCCGGACGAAUAUCUUUGACUCGCAUUCUCUAGAUUUUGCUUCAAAAUCAGCGAGCAAAGAAUUAGAUAUUUUUCUUCACAGAAAAAAUCAGGAAGGUAUAAUUUUAGAAGGAAAAAAGGUGACCGUAAAAAUAAAUAAUUUUUGCUUCGAUUAAUGAGCACCUUUUUUUUUUAACCAAUACCAACUUCCGAAAAACAGAAGAUUGUAAAAUAUGGUUUGUAGAUCUGGCUCGAAAAAAACACCUCAAUUAUGUUGGUUAUAAGUGAAAGAUAUCCGGAAUAAAAUUAUCUUUCUCGUAAAUUUCAGGGACGAUGACAUGAGAAGGAUGUACAAAAACGAACUGGGCGAUCUGCUCAGCAAAACUGUGAUGGGCUAUCUCACUGACGGGAUCGUCGUUUGUGGUUCUGAUCCAUUUUUCCAACAGAAUAUUCAGAUAUUUCUUUUUCAGGCUUCUAUUUCAAUUAUUUCGGGAGCUCUUGCUCGCAAAUGCGUGACACUGGCGGCUAUUUCAUGCUGAGGUUGUUGUUUUUCGAGAAAAUCCCGUAAACCUUCCUUUCUUCAGAAUUUCCAAACAAGACUUGAAAAAGUACAAGAGAGAAAACGGAAACCAAGAUCCGCCGCCAUCUCACAAACCGCGAAUUCUCCACUGUCGCCAAAAACUUGGAAGGUCAGGCUUUUGUUGAGGCGGGCUUGUGCUUCCGGCGGAGCCCGGGGCGACCUGUUUUGAAAAUGAGUUGAAAAGGAAUAAAUGUAUGGAAAAAGGUGAUGCAAAAAAUUGAGAAAAAUGGCUCUUCCGACAAUGUGGCCGCUUCACGCGUCGGAUCAUCAGCAACUCUAUUUUUUAAGCUCCAGGAAAAGUUAUAUUUGGUCAACGAAAAGUUAAAAAACGUAGAAUGUUAGGAGAAAGUUGAGUUUAUUCAAUAACUAUGAGUUUGAUGUUCAGGUUCGACGAAAUGGAAAGCAUUCCGAAAGUGAUGGCCCGUCUUGGGCAAUGUUUCACACAGGCGCGCGAGGUUUCUUUUUGCUUUCCGUAUCUGUAAAGUACAAACGUCAUGUAAAGUUGUAUAAUGUAACUUCUUUGAUUUUUGAUCUGAGGUAACUUUUUUUCGAGGGUAAAUGAAUUGAUCGGUGAAUAGAUUAUCUUAAUACUGUUUUUAGGCUGCGAAGUUGGGUCGUCAAAACUACUUCGUGUUGAACGAUGAUUUAGGUGGCCGCAACAUCAGCGGGUGCGUUAGAAAAAAAAACGAGAAAUGUUUGAGUUUCAUUUUCCGUCUUUUCUCGUAGAUCCAAAAAGGUGAAAAGCUUGACGAAAUGCUGGAACAAAAUUCAUCAAUCAUUAGAAAUUCAUUUCCUUUUGAUUAAAAAAAAUUCUAGACUUGAAACAAAAAUUACCUUUUAUUGAAAGUUCCAAAUUUGGUCGAAUUCAAUCUUUUAUUCAGCAAAAAUAGAACGUGUGAAGGAUCGAAAAGCAUAAAUUGGACUGGAACUUUUUGAAGGCUGAAAUCAAAAAGAGAGUUAUAAUUUCUCAGAAAACCGUACACUUUCACCGAUGGAGUCGGCAUUAUCAGUGAAGAUUUUGCGUGGAAGUUGGCCCUUGGCAUGAGAUUGGGCCCAAAUCUCCCGAGUGCUUUUCAGGUAUAAUAUGACUUGAAGUUUUUAAAAAUAUGUUCAAAUUUUAGUUCCGGUUCCGUGGAAUGAAAGGAGUUUUGGUGGUCGAGCCGUUGCUCGACGAAAUCCGCGACUGGGCGGCCAAAGACGAAGUUCUGACGCAAAACGGGCCGCAAUUCCCCAAAUCAACGUCUUGGCAAAUCGACUGCGUUUUUCGGCCAAGCCAGAUCAAGUCACUUUUUGAUUUAUUGUGUUAUAUUUUGGAGCUAUUUUCGUUUCUAUUGAUUUUUGGCGUCUUUGAGCUUUUUUAUAACUUUAUUAAAACCAAUUAGAACAUUUGAAACGAGGGACACUAGAGAAAAACUCAGAACAUCAUUAUAAAAAUUUUUUUUCGAGCUUUUUUUUGUUAGAAGAAGGAGACGGUAUAAUGAGAUGGGAUCUUAAAGAAAAAAAAAAGAAAAAAGAUUAUUUGGGACAAUUGACGAGUUGAGCCAAAUUCGGAACUUUUUGGAAACUUAUUGUAAAUUCAAAACUAUGGUUUGUCCUGAUUUUUUCGAUUUUCAGAUUCAUCACGGCCAAAGCCACUGACGAUUUCUAUCCGAUCGAGGUUGUCAAGUUCUCGAGCACCUCCCCUGUGACACUGAACCGUCCACUUAUCAAUAUUCUGGAUCAGGUCUGGCAGAAACCUUUCAUAUCUUUCGAACCGCUCUCAAAGAAACCGUUCUCGACCUUUCAGGUAUCUGAGAUGCAGUCCUACGCGUGUCAUCGACGGGUCUGCAACCGGAUCGAAGAGCUUCUCGACAUGGAAAUCUCGACGUUCGCCAAGUUGAUGGGCGACGAAAACAGAUGUCGCGAAAGGAUCAAGGUUAUCCCCAGACCCACCCGAAAAGUACCCUUUUGCGGUAGGAAAUGACUCGCCGUGUGAAUGUCGACGUCCUCAAAAGAAACUCUGGCUUCAUGCUCACCACGGAGCCCUUCUUCCGAUCUUUGAUCAAAGCGGCCAUUCGCGCUGUCACAGGUAUUAAGAUUCCCAAAAUUCUCGAAUUAUCGUUUGGUUUUUGAUUGAAAAUUGAUUAUCUUCUUGAUGGGUGUCAUUAAUCAAAAAGUAGUAUUCAAGACGUUUCUGCGCAAUUUUGAUGGACUUUUCAUCGAGAUUUCGUGUAUUAUAGCAGAAAAUCUCUCACUAAAAUGUUGAAGAAGUUGAUUAUGCCUUGAGUUUCCUCUUGAUGAUGGACAUAAUCUCAUUCUUACAACUUGUAGAAUCUGCUCGUGGAACAUCAGAUCCAAGAAUCACCGAAGGAUUUGAAAAAUAACAAAAGUCGGAUUAAUGAACUAAAAUCGUUCUGCGAAAAACCUCGCAAGGAUAAGCAGAGAUUUUUCGUUUUGAAGAUUUUUAAACAAUGAUUUCAAGUCUAUUAUUGUGCUAGACGCGAACUUUGCUACAUUUUUUCUUGAUAGAAAAAUUUGCUCAGAUAGUGACAAACUUCUCACUAAAAUGAUAUUUAACUUCCUCACACACAGUGGAAAAUGUUCAGAACGGAUGCUGAGAAAGACGAAAAUUCCGAUUCCAUACCACCUGGGAAGGACAAUGUACGGUGUGUCUGACGAAACGGGCCGUCUGCAGUAUGGACAAGUCUUCGUCCAGUACACCAAGAACAUCCAUUCGCGGAACAACCGACGAGCGACGGCGGCGCAGCGACAAAUCGUCUGCGGUGGGUCGCGUCCUGCGAAGACUGAUGAUCGGACGCUGCAGGUCCGGUGAUGAUCACCAAGUCGCCGUCGGUCUGCGAAGGCGACGUGCGCAUGUUCGACGCCGUCGACAUCCCCGAGCUGAGGCAUCUCUGCGACGUCGUCGUCUUCCCCAAGCAUGGACCGAGGCCUCACGCCGAUGAGAUGGCUGGUAGGGUGCAAGGAACUAAAACGAAGUGGAACUAAGGAAUCGAGCGGUUUCGUGGAUGAUUUGAUCAGUUUUCUAUCAGAGUUUUCGUGGUCUUUUACCGAAUUCAAAAUGGUCACAGAAGUUUUCAGCCUCCUUUCACCCUCAAAUUUUCAACAGACCACGUUUAAAAGAUCGACAUUUCAAGAAUUAUAUCUUUUCUAUUUCAAGCUGAUCCUUAGGAAAAAGACUCCAAGAACUGCCGCUCAUAUCUUUGUUUUUACUGAUUGAAUCUUCUAGUUCCUCUGAUUGAAACAUUUUCACUAGACCAGAAUGCAAAGCAUUGAUAAAAAAGCAUUCCGCCAAAAGCAUAGCGACUCGGAUAAAAUGAGAAACCCAGGCUCUGACCUCGACGGCGACGAGUACGCCGUGAUGUGGGACCGUGAACUGUUUCUCGAGCGAAACCAGCCGGCUUUCCACUUCGACGGCAGCAAGGCGCCCCUCGAGUACGACCCUGCCCAAAUGGUUCACAUUGUUCAAAAGUUCAAAUCAACGGAAGAUUCGGUCGCAGGACAAACUGAUGAACGAGUUCUACAUCCGCUACAUGGAGCAGGACAGCGUGGGAACUCUGUCUCUCAAUCAUUUGCACCAGUCCGACCAGUACGGGCUCAACUCGGAGGUUUUCGAUUCAAAAGGGGUGAACAAUCCAUCUUGAGGGUUAGGUCUGCAUGAACCUGGCGGCCAAGCUGUCGCAGGCCCUCGACUUUGCCAAAUCCGGUGUGGCACCGCCUCCGGCGACAAAAGAAUGGCAGAUAAGUUUCAGAAAUUCUUAUUUCAAGUUCAUCGAGAAACAGCUUGAGCACAGUGUUUUUACGUUUUUAAUAAAAUAUUGCGCCUAGCUGUAAUUUUCAAAAACUAAUUCACACUUUUUUGAAUUAAUGCGCGACGAAAAAUUCUGAGGAUACAGCCCUGUAAACCGUCAUUUUUAAAGACCUAAAAUGUGAUAUUUCAGGAUUUCAUAUAAAUUAGGUCAAUUUAUACGGAUAUCGAAUAUAAUAUAAUCUUUUUUACGUCGUGAACCGGAACGGAGUCGAGGUCAAAAUACCUCCGGAGUAUCCGGAAAUGUCGCCGGACUUCAGCUGCAACUCCACUUUCACCACCUACGCCAGCCCGGGCUUGCUAGGAAAACUUUAUAGGUAAAUCGAAACAAUCCAUGAAAAAAACGACGAAGUUCCUUUGCAGAAGAACCAAGGCGAUCGAGGAAGUCGUGAGGACAGCCGAAGAGAAAGAAGAGCAGGUGGAGGUUCAACUCGACGAGAUGAUUCUCGUCGACGGCUGGCAGAAGUACGCCGACGUCGCCAAGCAGGAAAUGGUCCGCUACAACGCUUGUCUCCAGGUUUCUGACCUCUUUUUUCCGUAUGAAGUCGAUCCCUUUCAAUCAUCAAAGUUCUAUGAAGACAAACAAGAAUUCAGACACGAAUCGCCUUUUUUAUUUGUAUUUUUUCCGCUUGUGCUAGUUUUUUGGCUUCUUUUUCAUUUAUUUUUUCUUCAAAGUUCAAAAAUACGUUUCCGGCGCUGAUGGAGGCUUACGGCGUCGCGACAGAGGCCGAGCUUUUCUCCGGCUGCUACAUUGACCUCCGGAACCGGAUCAACGAGCGGGAGACCGACAGCAUCUCCUACUUCAGCACCGACCAGAUCAUCGACGAGAAGGUCACCCUCUACUUCAAGACCUUCCGCGAGGAGUUUUUCGGGGUUCGAAAAAGAGAAGAGACGGUUAUUUUCGGGUGUUGAGGAGUUCGGGGGACACCUAGCGGCGACGGAAAGCGAAAAUCCGUGGUCCGACGACCAAGACGCCCUUCGGCGAGUUUGCAGAUCUCCUUCAGAGGAAAUGAUGCAGAAGGCGGUCGCCUACUAUCGUUGCUGCUACGGUUUGUAGAUCCCCCGCCCCCCUAAAGGGCUUUUGAAAGACGUCAUUUCUUGACCUUCAACAUCCGAAAAGACAAUAGCACAGGUAAUUUCCAGAAGAGGCGUCGAAAUCGCGAAACAAGAAGCUGUCGUUCGCCUGGAUCGCCUUCGACGUUUUGCAGGCGGUUCGACAGAAGGCGGUCCUUGCCGCUGACAAAAUCUCUUUCUCCGCCGACCCACUUCUGACGGUAUUCAGCCAACCUCGGCAGUUUGUAACGAUCGGCUCUCAUAGAUGAUCAAAGAACAUCGGGAGAGUUAUUGCUUGGAAAAAACGACCGAUCUCCAGAAAAAGUUCUUCUCUGACGCGCAAACCCCGUCGUUCGAUACAAGACAAAGUCUGGCUGCAGACAUCAUCCAGAAAUACCUUGAUCGUUAUCCAGGUUAUCUCAUUCACGGAACAUGUUUCUGAAAAAUUAUUGAGCUCUUGGAUGAGUGUUAAGCUGUCGAAAAAAUAAUCAGCCAAAAAAAAAAAAAUAUUAUGUGAGCAGAGCUGUGUGCUGGGCCAGCAGGGCUGGUUCUAGUGUUGCAACGCGGUCGAAAAUUUGCCACUUUUCGAACCCUUUUGUCUCGAAAUUUUCACAGAGUGUGUAAUUCGGGGAGUGAGUAAUCGAAAAUAUGUGAUGUAAAAUAUGAAAUGAGAUUGAAAAAAAAUUUCGCGAAUGCGACUGAUUUUGGGCCGAUUAGGCCAAUACCCUCAGGUCAACGCUCAGAUCUGGUUGUGAGGCAUAUAUUUAUACUAAAAACGAAAAGACUUGGGAUGGCUAAACUUUUUUGCGAUGCUAUCAAGGUGUUUCGAGCCGGGGUGUACCCUAUGAUUCAACUUUCAGGUCUGGAGAAAGUGCUUUUCAUCGUUUUGAAAUGGGCCGAGACGACGGAGUUGUUCAAAACUCGUCUGAAGCGCUACCACUGCGCCUUGUUGCUGAUCAUGUUCGGGGCGAACUUGGUCUUCCCCAAGGAUCCCGUCGAUUCACGCGAUCUGCUGCCCUUCUUCGAGCCGGUCUGCGGACAUUUCUUUUCUGAACACUAGUAUUCUUUUCAGAUCGAGAUCAAGGAAGUUGGCGAGAAGACUCCUGAGCCGCUGGUCGACGAGGCGAUGGACCGCCUGACCGUCGACUUUCUGCGAUUUCUCUCCUCGCAGGCCUUCCGCAACCUGACGCAUCUGAGCUUCUUGCCCGUCGGAUUCCGAUCUGUCUUCGUCCGCAAAGAGUGGCUUCCUUAUCACCUUGUCAGUUCUUCGAUGCGUCGAAAAUCCAGUUCUUCAUAAAAUCACCGAAUAUCUGUUUUCGAAUCAACGAGUUGAAUUUUUACCUCAACACUAAUUCAACGAUCAACGAUUCGACAGAUAUUUUUUGGUACAGAAAUCAAGAAAGGUUGAAAAUUGAUAUUUCCUAUACCUUAAUGAAAAGCGCAGUUUUGUUUUUGUAGGCGGCUACCCGGACCUUCUACAACCUGUUGCUGAACAUGAGGUUCGACGAGUUGCCUCUUUCGACGGAUGCGGCGGUCGUCAAGGCGCGUCUUUGCCGCGACAUCGAGCCAUUCUCAGUGCAUUUGCCCAGUUUCGUCCGCGACCUCAAGACAACGGAUUUCAUUUACAAAGGUCUGAAGCUGGAUAAAACAUCACAAUUUCGUCGGGGAAAAAGCUUUGAAACGGAGUCGCGAUUGAAAUCGGAUGAAAGUCUUGAAUUUUCCAAAAUCGGACCAAAUAGUUGUAGGUACUGUCAAUCUGCGGUUCAUCGAAAUGGCUAUCAAGAUGAAAACGGAGGUCGAAAUAAUUCGAAUGAAACAGAUGAAACUCGUGGAGGGCACAGGUAUUGCUCAUGUUAUAGACAACGAGCAACUUUUCCCGUUUCAGCCCGAUGUGUGGUGACGGCCAGAGGAACUUUUGAACAAUUGAACAAAUUGAAAAAGCUUCUGGCCAUGGAGGUUUGCUUUGAUUCUCGACGAUCCUCGAAUUCUACUAAAUCUCUAUCGAAGUGUGAUUUUUCAGAUCCCUCGCCAUUCCUUUGCAAAAAACGGGCAUAUGCUAGAGCCUCUGGCUCAUUUGUGCUUCGAGAAAAUCACUAAAAUGCGUUAA